CCCUUCCCGAGCGGCGGCUCUGCCAACCAGCUCCCGGCGCGAGCGGCCGCAGCGCCCCGCCAGCGGGACCUGAUGCGCAUCCAUAUUAGCCGUCCGAGCUAAGGAAUCCGGCCCGACCCGCGCCGCCGAGUUUAUUUUUAACCAGCACCGCGGGGCCUCGGAUGGUGCGCGCACCGCCGGCCAGAAACAUCUUCCCAGCGCUGCUCUCCAUCUUCCGCCCUCUCUCCCCCGACAUCCUCCCCCCAUGUGGGAGGGGAAACUUUUCUCCUACAUACUUUCGAGUCCCUCUCGGGCCGGGAAGCGCGGAGAUGACGGCGCCCUCCCGCCGUCGCCAGCCCCGCAAGGUUAUUGCGACUCUGUGCUCCAGAAGCGGUGGCUUCGAGGUGUGACUCUGCCUGCAUUUGGGCUUCUCAGUAAGGAGGGCAGCGUGAUAAAGGAAAACAGUUCCAGUGACAAGGGAUACCAGAAGAAGGAAAAAGUCAGCACAGCGUCAUUCCUGCCACGCAUGGAUGACAGCAGUAGCCAGCGGGGAUUUUGAAGUCUGUCAUUUGGGGCAGAAAUGGAGAUCUAUGGCAGAGGCUUCCUAGAGGCGUAAACCCCUGUCCUGAUGACAUCAAGUCCUCCCGUUGGCUUGGAAGGCUCAGACCUGUCUUCCAUCAACACCAUGAUGUCAGCAGUGAUGAAUGUAGGGAAUGUGGCAGAGAAUGGGGGGAGCCCCCAGGGGAUCAAGCCCCCUUCAAAGCCUCCAGGACCAAAUCGGAUUGGCAGAAGGAACCAGGAAACAAAAGAGGAGAAGUCUUCCUACAACUGCCCACUGUGUGAAAAGAUUUGCACUACCCAGCACCAGUUGACUAUGCACAUCCGUCAGCACAACACGGACACUGGAGGAGCUGAUCACUCGUGCAGCAUCUGCGGAAAGUCACUGAGCUCGGCCAGCUCGCUGGACCGCCACAUGCUGGUGCACUCUGGAGAGAGGCCUUACAAGUGCACUGUCUGCGGCCAGUCCUUCACCACCAACGGGAACAUGCACAGACAUAUGAAGAUUCACGAGAAGGAUCCCAGCGGUGCUACCGCGGCAGCCCCUCCUUCCCCUCUGAAGCGCAGGCGGCUGUCCUCCAAGAGGAAACUGAGUCACGACGCUGAGGCGGAGAGAGAGGACCCAGCACCUGUGAAAAAGAUGGUGGAAGACGGACAGUCAGGUGACUUGGAGAGGACAGGCGAUGAAGUCUUUCACUGCCCAGUGUGUUUCAAGGAGUUUGUUUGCAAGUACGGACUAGAGAGUCACAUGGAGACCCAUUCAGAUAACCCACUAAGAUGUGACAUUUGCUGUGUCACCUUUCGAACACAUCGAGGGCUGCUGCGCCACAACGCCCUUGUCCACAAGCAGCUUCCCAGGGACGCCAUGGGAAGACCUUUCAUCCAGAACAACCCUUCGAUUCCCGCUGGCUUCCACGACUUGGGCUUCAUGGACUUCUCCUGCAGGAAGUUUCCUCGCAUUUCUCAGGCCUGGUGUGAGACAAAUUUGCGAAGGUGCAUCAGUGAGCAGCACCGCUUCAUCUGCGACACCUGUGACAAGGCGUUCCCCAUGCUCUCCUCACUCGCCCUGCACAAGCAGACCCACGUCACCGUGGACCGGGGCCGGGAGGAGCUGCAGGCUGACGUCCUGGCCGGCGAUGCCCUGGACCAGAAGGUCUUCCUGGCCUUGCUGGGCCUGCAGCACACCAAAGAUGUCAGGUCUGCGCCCACCGAGGAGCCUCUGCCAGAUGACAGCCAAGCGAUACAGCUCCACACACUCAAGUGUCCACUACCUCAGGACCCCGGCUGCACUGGCCUGCUGAGUCUGUCUGCCUUCGAUGCUACCUCCCUGGGCGGCUCUCUCACAGUGCUCCCGGCUGCCAAGGAGGGCAUGAAGCACCUUUCCCUGCAGCCCUUCCAGAAGGGCUUCAUCAUCCAGCCGGACAGCAGCAUCGUGGUCAAGCCCAUCUCUGGGGAGGCAGCCAUCGAGCUGGCCGACAUCCAGCAGAUCCUGAAGAUGGCAGCCUCCGCCCCACCUCAGAUCAGUCUUCCGCCCCUCUCCAAGGCCCCGGCCACCCCCCUGCAGGCAAUAUUCAAGCACAUGCCUCCUCUGAAGCCAAAGCCCCUGGUCACACCGCGCACAGUGGUGGCCACCUCCACACCCCCUCCCCUCAUCAACGCACAGGCCUCCCCGGGCUGCAUCAGCCCCAGCCUGCCCCCACCGCCACUCAAGCUCCUCAAGGGCUCGGUGGAGGCGGCUGCCACGGCCCACCUGCUGCAGUCCAAGUCUGGGGCUCAGCCAAACUCGGGCCCGCAGCUCUUCCUGCAGCCGCCGCGUGCAGAGCUGCCCGGGCAGCCCGAGAUGAAGACGCAGCUGGAGCAGGACAGCAUCAUUGAAGCCCUUCUGCCGCUGAGCAUGGAGGCCAAGAUAAAGCAGGAGAUCACAGAGGGCGACCUCAAGGCCAUCAUGACGGGGCCCAGCGGCAAGAAGGCCCCCCCCAUGCGCAAGGUGCUGUACCCCUGCCGCUUCUGCAACCAGGUGUUCGCCUUCUCGGGGGUGCUGCGUGCGCACGUGCGCUCGCACCUGGGCAUCUCCCCGUACCAGUGCAACAUCUGCGACUACAUCGCGGCCGACAAGGCGGCGCUCAUCCGCCACCUGCGCACGCACAGCGGAGAGCGGCCCUACAUCUGCAAGAUCUGCCACUACCCCUUCACCGUCAAGGCCAACUGCGAGCGGCACCUGCGCAAGAAGCACCUCAAGGCCACGCGCAAGGACAUCGAGAAGAACAUCGAGUAUGUGAGCGGCAGCGCGGCCGAGCUGGUGGACGCCUUCUGCGCGCCCGACACCGUGUGCCGGCUGUGCGGCGAGGAUCUGAAGCACUACCGCGCCCUGCGCAUCCACAUGCUCGGCGAGCCGCUGGACUUCUCCCAGAAGGGCCUGGCGCUGGUGCAGGUGAAGCAGGAAAACGUGGCCUUCCUGGGCCCCUAUGACUGCUCCAUGGAGCCCAUCGACCUGUCCAUACCCAAGAACUGCAGGAAAGGAGACAAGGACGCAGCCGCUCCUGGCGAGGCCAAAAAGCCAGAGCAAGAAGGGGGCGGUGCCACGCAGCUGGCUUCCUCCUGUUCGCUGCCCGGCUCCACCCUGCCUCCGGCUUUGGGGCCCAGUGGGAUCCGAGACAGCCCUGCCGCCACCGUGGUGACCACCACCGCGCCCCUGGACCCCAACGCCCAGCCCCUCCAGGGCUCCGUGCAGCUGGCGGUGCCCAUCUACUCCCCGGCGCUGGUCAGCAGCCCUCCUGUCCUGGGCAGCUCUGCCCUCUUGAGCAGCCCCACAGUGCUGCGGCCGCUGCGGCCUAAGCCCCCUCUGCUCUUGCCAAAGCCCUCCGUGACCGAGGAGCUGCCUCCGCUGGCCUCCAUUGCCCAGAUCAUCUCGUCUGUGUCCUCGGCCCCCACCUUGCUCAAGACCAAGGUGGCCGACCCCGGCCCCGGUCCAAUGAAUGCUGGCGGCAGCAGCACAGCAGCCUCGGACAGCUUGGGGGGUGCGAGCCCCGGAGCUGCAGCCCGGAGCCCUAAGGAGCAGUGCAGCGACCCGGCCCCCGUGGCUGGCAGCCCCGAGGCGGCGUCCCCCACAGAGCAGGGCCCCACCGACUCCUCCCGGAAGAGAGGCCGCAAGAGGGGAGCAAGGAGCCAGCUGUGUGUUGACAGCGUCAGGGUGGACCUGGACUCGAGCGGGGAGUUUGCCAGCGUCGAGAAGAUGCUGGCCACCACGGACACCAACAAGUUCAGCCCAUUUCUGCAGACCGCAGAGGACGAUGCUCGGGAGGAGGCGGCCGGGGGGCCCGGCGACCCCCCUGGGCCGAGUGAUGAGGAGCAGGGCGGCCCCCCCGAGGACAGGCUGCUGCGAGCGAAGCGGAACUCUUACGCCAACUGCCUGCAGAAGGUCACCUGUCCCCACUGCCCCCGGGCCUUCCCAUGGGCCAGCUCCCUGCAGCGGCACAUGCUCACGCACACGGGUCAGAAACCUUUCCCUUGUCAAAAAUGCGAUGCCUUCUUUUCUACCAAAUCUAACUGUGAACGCCACCAGUUGCGCAAACAUGGAGUUACUGCCGGCUCCCUGAGAAGAAACGGGCUUAUCCCCCCCAGAGAGAGUGAUGUUGGAUCCCAUGAUAGCACAGAUAGCCAGUCCGAUCCCGAGAUGUUGGCGGCCGGCGAGGUGCUAGAUCUCACGGCCAGGGACCGAGAGCAGCGGCCGGCAGAGGGAGCCGCGGAGUCCAGCCAGGCCUCGGAGGAGCCCGCAGGGGAGCCCGCUGCGGAGGUGGAGGAGGCGGCCCAGGCGGAGGCGGAGGCAGCCACAGCCUCCCCUGGGCCUGGGGAGGAGAAGGAGCCCAAGCCGGAGCUGGAGGAAGAGCGCAGCGCGGAGGACAGCACCGGGGAUGCGGACGGCCCGGAGGAAGAUUCCGCCAGCAACAAGAGCCUGGACUUGGACCUCGCCAGCAAGCUGAUGGACUUCAAGCUGGCCGAGGGCGCAGCCCCGCAGGACCAGAAGCUCGCCUGCGACACCUGCGGGAAGAGCUUCCGGUUCCUGGGCACCCUGAGCCGCCACCGGAAGGCGCACGGCCACCAGGAGCCCGGGACUGAGAAGGAGGCACUGCUGCCCGAGGAUGCCGGCCCCCCUCCCGCCCGAGAGGGCCCCUCCGACGGGGAGGGCGCUGCAGAGAGGAGGGCCUCCGAGAAGAGUGACGACGACAAGAAACCAAAGACAGACUCGCCCAGAAGCACAGCCAGCAAGGCCGACAAGAGGAAAAAGGUGUGCAGCGUGUGCAACAAGCGCUUCUGGUCCCUGCAGGACCUCACCCGGCACAUGAGGUCCCACACAGGGGAAAGGCCGUACAAGUGCCAGACCUGCGAGCGGACCUUCACCCUGAAGCACAGCCUGGUUCGGCACCAGCGGAUCCACCAGAAAGCCCGGCACGGGAAGCAGCAGCACGGCAAGGACAGCGACAGGGAUGAGCGGGCCGAGGAGGACAGUGAGGGCGUGUCCGAGAAUGAGGCUGAGGCCGAAGCAGGCCCCGGCACCAGCGGCCCUGCGGCCGUCACCCGGAGCAGUAAGGAUUGCGGCCACCUGGAGGAGCAGGAGCAGCAGGAGGAGAAGGCAGCGGGCUGGGCCGCCCCCAAGGAGCCGAGCAGAGGGGAGAUCGCUGAGCACCCGCCGCACAGGGAUGCAGCCCUUGGCUGCCACCGGGCCCUGCACCUUCCUCCUCUCCAGGGUGCGGCUGACCCGGAGCUGUGGAAGGUCUCUGCAGAUGAAGCGGUCGAGACCUGCGGCCGCGGGGGCCGGGCCACUGGGGUGCGUGCCUGGCCACACGGUUGUCCAGGACGGUCGGCCCCACAUCGCGGUGAGGCUGAGCAGGACAAAGGGGCCGUGGGGUGGGAGCGGGGUGGUUUGCCGUCCAGCAGCCUGAGUGGUAAAGGAGACGCAGAGGGGCAGGGCCCCAGGCCGCGUCCCCCAGGGCUUGCCCCGCUUGUGGGCUUGCCAGCUCCACGGCGGCUCUGGACUGGUUGGAGAUCGGGUCGCGCUGGAGUCCGCAUUCUCCCACGCGGCUGGGGUUGCGGGCAGAACGCCACACCUGGCCCCAGACGCUAUUCUGAAGGGGCCUGUCGCCUCCCAGCUCUGCUCCCCGAGGAGGCCGGAGGGAGGGCCCGGGUGUAUUUUAAACUCGUAAUUGAAGGUUGCUCACUCAUGGCAACAAAGUUGAACCCUCCCAAGUCCAGGCUGCCAGUCUACGUCUUAAAUAGGAAACAAGUCCCUCCUUUUCCGGGUUCCUUGGAAAAAAAGCCACUGCCAAACAUGACGCCAUCAGCCCGGCUGUCUGGGCGGCAGUAA